CUUGCUUGGCCCUCGCCGUCGCCGCCGCUGCCGGCGCUGUCCCCCUCUCCAUCGCUCUCCGCCGCGCCCACGCAGGCUUUGGCGGGGAGCCGAGGAGCAACAGGAAGGCGAUAAGCGCGACGAGAGAGAGAGAGAGGGGGGGAGAGAGGUGUUUGAUCACGCAAGAUCGCGACGUGCUGCGAGAACCAUCGUCCGCGUGUGUGUGUGCCGCGUGCUGCUUGGACGGCGGCGAUCCUUGGGGGUGGGGGGGAGUGCGUCGCGGCGGCGGCUGCUCGGAUGAGAUGCGGAAGGGCGGGAAGGCGCGGGAGGCGGCGCGGGUGAAGCUGUGGGCGGCGCGGGCGAGCACCACCGUGGUGCUCUGGCUGUGCUGCGCGCUGCUGCUCGCGACGUCGCGGGAGCUCGGGAGGUGGUCCGGCUGCCUCACCCAGCCGCUCAUCGUCGUGGAGCGCCGGUUCGAGGCGGUUGCUGCGGCGGCCGGCGAGAGGGCGGCAUCGGCAUCGGCAGCGGUGGGGGCGGGGGCGGGCGGCGAGAGAGCAGCAUCAGCAUCGGCGGCGGUGGCGGUGGCGGCGCUCCCGCCGAAGAGAAUCUACAAGAACAAUGGCUAUCUGAUGGUCUCCUGCAACGGCGGGCUUAACCAGAUGCGAGCAGCUAUAUGCGAUAUGGUGACGAUUGCAAGAUACCUGAACGUCACCCUUAUCGUGCCAGAAUUGGACAAGACCUCAUUUUGGAAUGACCCUAGUGAGUUCAAGGAUAUAUUUGAUGUGGAUUACUUCAUAGCAUCAUUGAGAGACGAGGUCCGGAUACUGAAAGAGCUUCCUCCAAGGCUGAAAAGAAGAGUUGAACUGGGAUAUGUUCGCUCCAUGCCACCUGUCAGUUGGUCUGAUAUAUCUUAUUACCACAAUCAGAUUCUACCACUGAUAAGGAAGUACAAGAUCCUUCAUCUGAACAAAACUGAUGCUCGCCUUGCAAAUAAUGGCCUGCCUAUGGAGAUUCAGAAAUUGAGAUGCCGUGUCAAUUUUGCUGCAUUGAGAUUUACCCCUGAAAUAGAAGAGCUGGGUAGGCGUGUGGUCCAAAUUCUUCGUCGUAGUGGGCCCUUUGUGGUUCUUCACUUGCGAUAUGAAAUGGACAUGCUCGCCUUCUCUGGCUGCACACAUGGCUGCAGCAAUGAGGAGGCUGAUGAGCUCACAAGAAUGAGAUAUGCUUACCCAUGGUGGAAAGAGAAGGUGAUUGACUCGAAUGCAAAGAGGAAAGAUGGGCUCUGUCCAUUAACACCAGAGGAGACUGCAAUGGUAUUGAAGGCACUGGACAUUGAUAGCAGUUAUCAAAUAUACAUUGCAGCUGGUGAAAUUUAUGGGGGACAAAGAAGAAUGGCGGCCCUUACCUCAGCUUAUCCCAAUGUGGUAAGAAAAGAGACAUUAUUGCCUUCAGAUCUCAGGUUCUUCCAGAACCAUUCCUCCCAGAUGGCAGCAUUAGAUUAUAUUGUUUCCUUGGAGAGUGAUAUUUUCAUCCCCACUUAUGAUGGUAACAUGGCAAAAGUUGUUGAAGGCCAUCGCAGAUACUUAGGAUUCAAGAAGACUGUACUGCUAGAUAGGAAGCUUAUAGUUGAGCUCGUUGAUCAGUACAAAAACGGCACAAUGAGCUGGAACCAUUUCUCCUCAGCUGUGAAGGUGUCACAUAGCAGCCGCAUGGGCGCGCCAUCCAGGAGGCAGAUGAUUCCUGACAAACCUAAGGAAGAGGACUACUUCUACGCGAAUCCUCAUGAGUGUUUGCACCAACCUGAAGCGCUGUCAGUUUUGUGACACCCUCCUCCGACUAUACACAUUCUUUCAGAUUAUAUUGCAGAUUGAAUUGGCAAUAAAUGGAGGCCCCCAGUUGUACUGAUGAAUAAAAAGCACACGAGAUGAGAGAAAGGCCUCCUUUUCUUAGGCGACUGUCAGACAUACACAUCGACAUAUUUUUUUACCGGUUUUUUCCCGAAGAUAAGCAUGUAAUUUUUUUCUUGUUGUAAAGAUAAACAUAGGUGUUCACAGGUGUAGAGUUGUUUGUCCUGUUUGUAACUGAGCUCUCGGGCGAUGCGUGUACAGUACAUAUACAUACAGAUGCAGACUUGCCGAAAAUUCUUCCACUGUACGUCUCUGUACUCCAUCCUGGUAGUUGGUGGUUCAUGCAUUGGCUUUUUUUUUUUCUG